AUGACUAGUGUUAGCUGGAGGUGGUGUUUAAAACAUGCAAGCGUCAGGUUCGUAAUAUUUCCAGCAAUACACGGUAGUCUAAGCAACGCGAGUGGUAUGGACGACGGUGAUAACGGUUAUACCGUAUUGAAUCUGAUGGAUGUUGUCAAUACAACGGGCUACAUUCAACAAGUCUCCAUCAAUUUCUAUCAAGCGCCCGUGCCGAAUGUCGCUGCUCUUUGGUUUUAUAUUCUUGCACCAAUGUUCCGAAACGAUUCACUACAAUCAUUUGUCGUCGUCAAACAAUAUCUAGUACCUAAUAAUCAAUUAUUGAAUGAAACAGGCGUACAAACAAUUAUCGUACCCAUCACUACUAACAUGAUCAUUCAAGAUAAACAAUAUUUAGGCGUUGGCUUUGGUCAGUCGAGUGGUAGUCCCUAUCGUGUUGCUGGUGGACGAAAUCGAUAUCGAAUAAGCGGUGCAAAUAUAACCGGGACUUUUGCCGGUUAUUUUUCUCAAACUUCAUCGGCUGGUAUGGCAUCUACUUUCAUCCUUAUCUCAAAUGUGUCGUCAACAAAUCAAGAAGAAGGCUUUAGGGGAAUGGAUAUCACCAUAAAAAAAUCAAUCAUUAUGCCUAUAUUCUUCAAAGCAUUAAACACAACCUACGGCACCUUAAACAAUACUGGUGUAGAUGAUAAUGAUUUUGGAUACUUAAUAUUCAAUGCGCUCGACGUGGUGAAUGCCAGCGGCUUUCUUGUUCAAGUAUCAAUUAAUUUUUCUGUUUCUCCAUCGCCCAGUCAGGCAUGGAUCACCAUCAAUGUUAUUGGUGCAACACGCAUCAAUACAACUUAUUACAUUCCUUCUUAUUACACUGUACCAUUGAGCGAUAUUCUAAAUCAAACCGGCGUCCAAACGUUUAACAUUGUUCCAUCAUUGUACAUUCAACAAGGUCAAUAUGUGGGCGUUUGGUUCGCAAAUAACCUUAGUGGUAGUGCAUAUCGUACGUACGGCAGAAAAGAAUAUUAUGCUGCACUAACAAAUUUAUCAUACUAUGUCGAAAAUGAUUAUGUAUGGACAUGUGCUUAUAAGCCUACAUAUGGAUUUGCCGUUCAAUUUCAAGUUAAUAAUUAUUAA